GGGCCAUAAAAGCGCGUCCGUCCCGUAGAGGCGGCCGAGGGACGCGGGCUGGUGAGGGAGCGCAGCGCGGCAGCCCUCGCAGGUAGAGCUGCCACAUGAAGCUACAUUUGUAGGGGGCUGAAGGACUUGCCUGUUGUCAUCUGGUAAGGAAAAUAAAACGAUUGAAAAUCACACAUCUGGUUAGUGAGAGAGCCAGGAACAGAACAUGGGUUUUGUGAUCAUCAGUUCAGCAGAUUGCUCCCUAAAGAGAGGGAGGGCAGGGUCUCCGUGUCCAUCUAUGCUCAUCUGACAAGAUGGUGUUUCAGAAACCACCCGAUGGUGGCUGGGGCUGGGUGAUUGUUAUCGUUUCCUUCUUUACUCAGUUCUUGUGUUACGGAUCACCGCUGGCGGUGGGAGUCUUGUAUUUGGAAUGGUUGGAUGCUUUUGGAGAAGGCAAAGGCAAGACUGCUUGGGUUGGAUCACUAGCAAAUGGAAUCGGAUUGCUUGCCAGUCCUGUGUGCAGCAUAUGUGUAUCAUCCUUUGGAGCAAGACCAGUAGCAAUCUUCAGUGGCUUUAUGGUGGCUGGUGGCCUCAUGAUGAGCAGUUUUGCACCAAACAUAUACUUUCUCUAUCUUUCAUAUGGGAUUGUUGUUGGACUCGGAUGUGGCCUUCUGUAUACUGCAACAGUUACCAUCACUUGCCAGUAUUUUGACAAACGCAGAGGCCUUGCACUUGGUCUGAUUUCAACAGGCUCAAGUGUUGGACUCUUUAUAUAUGCAGCAUUACAAAGAGAGCUUAUUGAGCUGUACGGACUGGAUGGUUGCCUGCUAAUAGUUGGUGCACUCUCUCUAAAUAUAUUAGCAUGUGGCAGCUUAAUGAGACCAUUGGAGUCAUCUGAUUCCCCUUCAACAGAAAAAGCACAUAUAGACAAAGUCCCAGAUCAAUACUUUGUUUACCAUGAAAAAGAAAAAACUGUAGAAGAAAAUAUAAGCAUCCUUGAAAAGGGCUACACUGAUGAGAAAUGCACAAACAAUGUGCCUGACUACAAACAAGAUAAUAUUUUAAAUAAGAAUGUAUUAAGCUCAAUAAAUGUAAAUGAGAAAGACACUUAUAAAAAGAAAGUUGUGGAACAGACAAACUUCUGCAAGCAACUAGCUAAAAGAAAAUGGCAGCUCUAUUUGAACUACUGGGAGGAAACUGUGGUUCUUUUUAAGAACAGAGUAUUUUCAGCUCUCUUUUUUGCCAUUUUGCUCUUUGAUAUUGGUGGAUUUCCUCCUUCUCUGCUCAUGGAAGAUAUAGCAAGAAGUGCAAACAUCAAUGAAGAAGACUAUCAUAUGCCCCUUGUUUCCAUUAUAGGCAUUAUGACUGCUAUUGGCAAACUUAUUUUAGGAAUACUGGCAGAUUUUAAGUGGGUUAACACAUUGUAUCUAUAUGUACUUACAUUACUAAUGAUGGGAGCGGCCUUGCUUGCAAUUCCAUUUGCCAGAAGUUACUUCACAUUAGCAGUGCUUUCUGGGAUUCUGGGUUUUCUGACUGGGAAUUGGUCAAUUUUUCCAUAUGUAACAACAAAGACUGUGGGAAUUGAGAAACUGACUCAUGCUUAUGGGAUACUGAUGUUCUUUGCUGGACUUGGAAACAGCCUCGGACCACCAAUUGUAGGUUGGUUUUAUGACUGGACGCAGGAGUAUGACACUGCAUUCUAUUUCAGUGGCUUUUGUGUUUUACUGGGAGGAUUUCUUCUGCUGUUGGCAGCGUUACCCUGCUGGAAUGCCUGUACCAGUCAGAGCUCAAAGCUGCCUCCAAAUACUUACUCCUACAAAGUUGCAUCUAGUGCUUAGGUGACAACUGGAAAACACUACUUUAUGCCUUUUUUAUAUAUUAUAUAGCAAAGGAUUUUAGUAAUUUUUCACUUAUUUAUGAAGUCCAAAAAUCCUUAUCCACUAGAAAAAUUAUAUUGCUGUUUAUAUUCAGCUUUUUUUUUUCCUUUUUUUAUCCUUUUCCCAUCCCCUUUUUUUAAGAACAAUAUUAUCUUAUAAAAUCUUAUUUUGUCUACUGUGCACUGUGUUUUCUGCCUUUGUCUACUGCAAUUUCCUCUCAGCCUGUAAUGGAUAUAUUGUGCUGUAUUAUUGGCUGUACUGUUUUUGUUGUUGCUGUUUUUUAAGGGAUAGGGAGUGUGGAGGGUUGAAGACAUUGAAGCAAAAAUGAAGGCCUAUUUCUUAUUGGAGAAGACUGGCAUUUCUGUCACCAUUUAUAGGUCUCCAAGAUGCACAAUCAGACUUUAUGAAACAAACAUUUGCCUUAUGAGAAUAUAAUGCUAUGGCAAGGUGCUCGUAACAUAAUGUUUAGAUUAACCUUCUGACUUCUUAAAGUUUCUCCAAUUUACAAUUAAGUGCCAAUGAGGGAGGAAGAACAAAACCAUCCUUCUGUUGCAUUAAUGAACUUUAUGAUGAAAGUAAAGAUUCUUACUAACACUGCGACUGAGGACUAUGUUUAUAAUUAUUGCACUUUUGGUGAAGUUUGUUUAUGAUACUGUUGAACCAAAAUCUUUCAAACCAAGGAAUAAACAUGAUUUUUGAAACCA